GGGAGACGGGAGAGAGUUCCCGCCAAGAAAGACCCGAAAGGUAAACGCGGAGGUGAAGGAGGUCCUCGGAGAGGAGGAGAAGGAGGAGGAGCGUGGUUGUUGUAGAUGGCGAGGCCGGCGGUCUUGUGUUAACCAGGGUUCGGUCCUGUGGCUGGAGGAAGACAUGGAGCGGCCCGGGACACUGCAGCUGGCUGGGUACCCAUGAGUCACGACUGGGGGCAGCUGUGGGCUUGGGGACCAAGGCCACUGUGGUCAUGGUGUGACCGGUGUCAGGAGUGAACUGAAAAGGGCCCGGAUGACCAGGGGCUGGACCUGUGGAUGGGCGCGCUUGUCCCCGAGAGAGGAGAGAGCCGGGGUAGCUUCCCUACAGUCCCAUGGGGCCGGUUUUAAGAUAAAGAGUUGUUGGGCUUGUACUACCCUCCCGUGCUUAGCUUUCAAGCCAUCAUCGAUUCUCACUUUCAUGACUCAAGUCCUGGAAAACAGGGGGUUGGGGGGAAUAAAAAAGAUGCUUGAAUGGAAUAGUGUCACAAUGUAAAGAAAACGGUGCAGAUAUUAGCCAGUGGUAGGCUCUCUUUAUUGUAUCGCUGGAACAGCAGGUGUUCACAGGUACCAAGUGUGCUGUGUGCCCAUGUAACCAUCACCAAAGCCUUAGGUUCCAACUAAGUUAGUUGGCUUUUGGUUAUUUUUUAUAACUGUUAAAAAGAAAUUGCAGCAAGAAAAGGACUCUGAAUUUACUAAAAGCUAAUGUACUCAUAUAAAAUCAUUUUGCCAUGUUAGAGGACACGUUUUGGGAAGAAGAAAUCUGGGACUAUAAAUCUAAAAGAAAACCAAAACCGGCGCAUCCAAAUAGCUGUUCUCAAAACAUUCCAGAAUCUGUUGGAAGAACAGCAGAUGGAAAUGACCAGUCAAAAGGAAAAAAAGGAAACAAAAAAAGAAACGCAGAGGAUAAAGGCAAGACCAGGGACCACACAGUGUGCCUUGGAGAAGCAGACUGCCAGAUUGCUGUAGGUUCCAGUCAGAAUCCAAGUGGUAGAGAUGAGACGCAGCAGGCUCAAAGCAAAGACACCACCCCAAGAAAGCACUGUAGAACUCACAAAAACAAACAAGUGUCCCCCAGGGCCCGCCCCGUUUAUGACGGACACUGCCCAUGCUGCCAGAUGCCCUUUUCCUCACUGCUGGGUCAGACACCCCGAUGGCAUGUUUUCGAGUGUCUGGAUUCUCCGCCAGUCUCUGACACAGAGUGCCCCGAGGGUGUUCUGUGUACCUCCACAAUUCCUUCUCAUUAUAAGAAAUACACUCACCUCCUGCUAGCUCAGAGUAGGGCUAGCAAUGAGCCUCCCAGCAGCCCCUCACGCGUGCCCACUGGACGUUCUACUGCAGCAAAGCCAGCCUCUUGUAACCCUGAAGAAAGAUGGCCUGUGCAUCUGAAAGCUGAGAGCUUAAGAGUUUUAGAUGAUUCCUUGUUGAUGAUACAGUGUCUAAAAACAUCUGCGCUUCCACCUGAAACCGACAGAAAGAGCCCCUCUUGUGCGAACUCUCAAAUGUCACCAGCUCCACAGUGUACAGAGUCUGUUAAGAAGGACAAGUUUGUGCGAGGCGGUUUGCAUCUCCCUGAGGAUGCGUUCAACAGUCAAAGCACCUCACAGGGUACGACGAGCUUGCCGUCGCCAGAAACUGACUGUGGCAGCUGUGAGAUCUCUUAUUCGCCGUUGCAGAGUGACAAGGAGACUUAUGACGAUUCACAGCGAGAGCUGUUUUGUACCCAGAGCUCUAAAGACAGCAGCCUAGAAGACGAUGGUCCUGCCGUAUUUGAAAACUUUCACAAUCCCUUCCCGAGGGAACUGGAGGGAGUCUGCCCCACAGCGGAAAGCCUGGUAACUCAGGCUGAUUGCAAUGCGUUGUAUAAAAUCAGCGCGCUAAGUGAUUCAUUUCAGCUUCUCUCCCAGACUGAGAGCAGACUUUCCCAAGACGCUGGCGUUCUCCUGUUUUCACCUGCAUUAGCGGCAGGGCCUGCUGCUUCUAAUUGUCAAGCCCGCAAAGCAAAACCUGGGGAUCCGGAGGAGCCGCGCUCACUUGGAUCGAGUCAUCAGAAAGGGAAAAUGGAAACAUCAGCUGUGGGCAAUCAGAUUCCCCUGCCGUCGCCGUUACCUACAAGUGCCAUGCCGAAGCCACUUGAGAAGGAGGGAGGAGAGCGCCGGCCUUUGCAUCCGACCCAAAAUCAAAUUAGGGGAUUACGGAAUGAGGUCUUGGGUGCUACCGUGGCUAACUCGGCCUGCGCCUGCAGAAAGGUAGAAAAGCUGUCUAGUACGCCUCCUGCCAAAUCUUUGAACCCAUUGCCUUCCAGUCCCAAGUGCAGUGCAAGUCAGCCUUCUAAGAAAGUUAUGAAGCAAAUGGAUAUAGGUGUGUUUUUUGGACUACCCCCCAAGAGACUAGAGCCGUCACCGAGCGAAAGUGCAUCAGGAGGGCGGAAUGUCAACCCAGUUGCUAGUCCUAACAAAAGGCAGCCCCGGCCGUGCAAGAGGAAAGCAGAAAACUCCCUAAGUAACUUAGAAUCGGACUCAGGGGAUUUAAAUGAGAGUCAGCGCUCUGUGGAACAGCCAGGAGAGAGGGCCCAGCGUCGAAGAAAGAGACAUAAAAUGUCAGAUUCGCCGCAGGAAGGAGCACAUCAGAGGAGGUCUGGUCACCCCAUGAACAAUCCGGAAUUGGGAGCAGUCAGUUUAAAUAAGGGCAGAGCCUUCGGAAGGAGGACUCAUGGCAGGCCACAGAGAGGGAGCACGGACACUCCAGGGUCAUCCAGGGCCGGGGAAUUGAGAAGAACAUGUCCGUUCUAUAAGAGAAUCCCCGGAACUGGUUUUACCGUGGACGCUUUUCAGUACGGCGAGGUCGAAGGCUGCACGGCCUAUUUCCUCACACAUUUCCAUUCAGAUCAUUACGCGGGCUUGUCUAAGGACUUUGCGCUGCCAAUUUACUGUAGUGAGAUAACUGGCAAUUUGUUGAAGAAGAAACUUCGUGUGCAGGAACAAUACAUCCAUCAGUUGCCGAUGGACACUGAGUGUACAGUGGACGGUGUCAAAGUUGUUUUGCUGGAUGCCAAUCACUGCCCAGGUGCUGCCAUGAUUCUCUUCCGUCCUCCUAACGGCGCCGCAGUACUGCACACUGGAGACUUCCGAGCCGACCCCAGCAUGGAGCGCUCCCUUCUUGCGGGCCGGAAAGUCCACACGCUCUUCUUAGACACCACGUACUGCAGCCCAGAGUAUACCUUCCCGUCUCAGCAGGAGGUUAUCCAGUUUGCCAUCAACGCUGCCUUUGAGGCGGUAACUCUAAACCCGCGUGCACUUAUUGUCUGUGGCACUUACUGUAUCGGAAAGGAGAAAGUCUUCCUAGCCAUUGCUGACGUUUUGGGCUCAAAGGUGGGCAUGUCCCCAGAGAAGUAUAAAACUUUGCAGUGUCUCAACAUACCAGAAGUCAACUCCCUCAUAACUACAGAUAUGUGCAGCUCCCUGGUCCACCUCCUCCCAAUGAUGCAAAUUAAUUUUAAGGGCUUACAGAGUCAUUUGAAGAAGUGUGGUGGGAAAUACGACCAGAUUUUGGCUUUUCGACCUACAGGAUGGACACAUUCUAACAACAUAACUAGCAUAGCGGAUAUUACUCCCCAGACGAAAGGAAAUAUAUCAAUAUAUGGGAUUCCCUAUAGCGAACACAGCAGCUACCUAGAAAUGAAACGUUUUGUCCAGUGGCUGAAGCCACAGAAAAUCAUCCCCACCGUGAACGUCGGCACCUUCCAGUCUCGGAGCACAAUGGAGAAACACUUCAGAGAGUGGAGACUGGAAGCUGGCUACUAAUGCUGGCACCGGAGUCAGCACUGGCUGUGUGUGGCGGGCGUUAAUAGUCUAAACCCAAGGAGCUGUGUUUUCUGAGACAGUCUCAGGACUGUGUUUCUCACUCACCUUUGAGUGCUGUAUGCAUGCUACUGAAUGCCUCCCAGAAUCCUCAGGGACGGCCGAGAAGGGUCUUCCCAGGGCCUUUAAUUCUUCAUUCUUCCUCUGCGAGGCAAUAGUGACCUGCAGCAACCUAAGGGGGGAACGAAAAGAAUUCAUGGAAAUGGACCAGAAGCAUUAUCUAUGUGAUAUGAAAUAAAACUUUUAUAUGAUAUGCACUCUUAAAUAAAAAUGGAUAUAGAACUUA